GCUGCUUAUCAGCUUUAGGGAGCAGCGCUGCUUCGGAACGCGUGUGGAGGACUGGGGGGGGAAUAAAACACACCAAAAAAGUCACUUUUCUACUUCGUCUUCGUGAGGAACGUCGACGGAUUUCUUUCUUUUGAGCGUUUUGGGAGGAAAGCACUGCGCCGGGGUUAGUCGACGAACUUUGCACAUCCUCUAAAAACGCCAUUUUGGGCGCUCCUCUCCGGAACGAGUUUGCAGUGGGAGGUUUUCUCUCUCUCUCUCUCUCUCUCUCUCUCUCUCUUCUCCCCCCUUUCGUUCUCUCUCUCUCUCUCUCUCUCUCUCCAAAGUCCAUCAUCUGCUUUUCACCAUCAUCACUGAGUGUAGCAGGCUGGCCGGCCCGGAGCUACUCCGCCUUGUUUGGCUUCUCCUUGAAGUUCCUCCGAUGGGUGAGCUAUGCGCCCUCCUCCUUGUCGUCCGCCUGUCGUGGUUCCUCUUUGGAGAGGCAGAAAAGUGCACAUCCGCAUGAGCCUCCCGUUGACACUUUCACAUUCCGUCACGAAAUUCUACACUAGCGGAGGCCUGCAGAUGCACCGCCAUCCAAUACUGACUCACACCCCUAUCUGUUCAGCUUUCUUUACCACCACCACCACACACAGCCAUGGAGAGCGCCUUACCUGAGAAGAGGUGUGAUGAAGAUGGCAAAGCCUCUCGGCAGCAAGAGGAGCUUUCCGCACCGAUGGAAGACAAGUCGCAGGGUGAACCGGAGCAUGCGGGAGUGCCGGGGAAGGAGAACGGAACUGAGGAAGAGCGAGAGAAGGAAGGAGCUGAGCAGGAGGACGAGGAAGAUGGAGAGUCCUGUGCCAACUCUACAACACAUACCGAAUCGAACACCGGCCAUAUGAAUGGGGACGCGGACACGGCUGCCUCGAACGCGUCCCCUAAAACCCCCGGCAGAUCUCCCUCUGCUAAUCGCACCGGCAGGAGGAACCAGGAAGUGAAAGAUCGCUCGACCUUCAUCUGCCCCCUGUGUGAUAAGAACUGCCAGACGCAGCAUCAUCUCACUAUGCAUAUACGACAGCAUAAUACAGAGAUCGGGGGGAACGACCACUCGUGCAGCAUCUGUGGAAAGGCGUUGAGCUCGGCUAGUUCUCUGGAUCGCCACAUGCUGGUCCACAGCGGAGAGAGACCCUACAAGUGCUCAGUGUGUGGUCAGACUUUCACCACCAACGGAAACAUGCACAGGCACAUGAAAAUUCAUGACAAGGGCCCAAACGGUGUCCCAGCCUCGCGUCCCAUUUCCCCAAGCAAGCGCCGCAAACCCCCCAAGAGGAAACUAAGUACAGAGGAUGAUGGAGAGAAAACCAAUGAACCACCCAGUAAAAAGGUAUUUGUAGUGCACGAAUCAGGGGAGCAGAGCCCUGCCAAGCGUGAAGAAGACCUGUUGCACUGUCCGAUCUGCUUCAAGACAUUCAUCUGUAAAUAUGGUUUGGAGUCACACAUGGAGACGCAUCCUGACACUGCACUCAGGUGUAACCUGUGUUGUAUCACUUUCCGUACCCAUCGAGGUCUCCUUCGUCAUAAUUCCGUUAUUCAUAAGCAGCUGCCCACAGAUCCCAACGGACGACCGUUUAUCCAGAGCAACCCUUCGAUACCCCUUGGCUUCAGCGAUCUGUCCUUCAUUGACUUUUCUUGCAGCAAGUUCCCCCAAAUUGCACAGGUCUGGUGCGAGACAAAUUUGCGACGUUGCGCUAGCAAAUUCCAUAGGUUUAUUUGCGAUGUAUGCAACAAGGCCUUUCCUCUUCAAGUGUCUCUGGAUCUCCACAUAAUCUCUCAUAAAGACAAUGACGCCGAAGCCCGGAAACAGGAAGAUGACACUAUUUCAGAUACAGCCAAAGAUUCUGGAGAUUCCAAAGAGAUUCCAAAGAGAGUUGGAUCAGCACCGCAGGAGGCCAGCGUAAGUUUAAAUGGGAAGAAAGAUUUCAUGGAGUGCCUUGGUCUUCAGCAUUCUUCACUCGCUAAGCCUGAGCAGACUGCGGAGGAGAAACAGCAAGAAAUUUUAGACAGCAUUCGUUUUAUUCGCGUUGAGCCCUCUGCAACAAAUCUACCUCAAGAAACCAAUAGUAAUCUUGGCCUCUGUCUUCUAGAUCCUCUCUCUCUUCAAGGCUUGAACAAGGGCAAUGGUCUUAGCCUUCUUUCUCUGCAGCCGCUUCAGGGUGGUUUGGUUGUCCGGCCUGUCAGUCAAACAGGAGUAGAACUUGCUGACAUCCAGCAAAUCCUGAAGAUGGCUGCCGCUAUGCCAUCUCAGAUGACUUUGCCACUGCUCCCGAAAGGUCCAGAAAGUCCUCUGCAGGCAGAACCCAAACAAAUGACUCCUCUCAAACCCAAGCCGCUGGUGACGCCUCGAUCCAGCAUGGGAACUUCCACACCACCUCCUCCUGUCAUGAAUGCCCAGCAAGCCUCUUCAGGUUGCAUCAGCCCCAGCUUGCCACCCCCAACAGCCCAACUUCUUAUUUCCAAACAGUCCCCAAACACCCCUUCUUCCUCGACGUCUUCCUCGCCUACAAAUUGGGAGAACGCACAUCUAGUAGGAGACGGCACAGGGGCAACAAUCAUGACUACUGGGGAUAUUAAGCAAGAAGAUGUCCAAGGUAAAGAAAAGGAUCUAAGAACCUCAGGUGGCAAAAAGAUCUCAAAGACAGAAUACCCGUGUCGGUUCUGUACACAGGUGUUCUCCUUCCCAGGAGGCCUCCAGGCUCAUAUGAGGGCUCAUCACUAUGGAGCUUCUCCAUACAAGUGUAGCAUUUGCACCUACACUGCUCCGGAUAACGCCACGUUGAUGCGGCAUUUACGAACACACAGCGGUGAACGUCCUUAUGUCUGCCGCCUUUGUCACUACCCUUUCACAGUCAAGGCCAACUGUGAGCGUCAUUUGCGCAAGAAGCACAUGAAAAACACUCGAAAAGAGAUCGAGAAAAACAUCGAGUACAUUACCCCAUCCUCGAGUGCAAGCGGUUUAGUCGGUGGUACGACACCAGACCUUGUGGAUCCAGUUAAUAACGGUAACACAGUUUGUCGCUACUGUGGAGAGGAUCUGAAGACCUACAGAGCUCUACAGAUUCAUCUCCGAACUCUCAAUGGCUGUCAGAGGAAACCAUUUGAAUGCCGCCAGUGCGGAGCAGCCUUUCUUGCAAAAAGGAAUUGCAUCCAUCACUUGCUUAAGCAACACUCAGAAGUGCAAGAGAGGGAAAUUGAAGAUCAUAUAAACACUCUUGUACCUGUCACAGCUCCUUCUUCUGUCCAGACAAACUCUCCUGCCCAGUCUCAGUCAGGUAAACAGAACCUUAGUACCUUCUCUGAAGCUGCAGUUCAAGACCAGCCCUUGGAUUUCUCCAGCAAAACUUUGAAAAUUAUUCAUUCUGAUAUAAAACCAGAGGCAGCUUCUCCCUCUCUGUCAGAAGACUGCUCCAUGGAGCCUAUCGACCUGUCUAUUCGCAAGGAACCGGAAGGAAAGAAAAUAAAGACAGAACAAGUUGAUACGACUUCAGUGUAUAGCCAGGAGGUCAAAAAAGAGCUUCCUUCCCCAAGUACAGCCAGGUUUUUAGGAAAGGUCUCGGGUGUCCAUGCAUCCCUUCCAGCAUCCAUGCCUAGCCUUGCCUCUACUCUGGCAAGUGAUAUGACCAAGCCCCCCAUACGCCUAAAGCCACUGUUGCCGAAGCCAGUUGCCGCCUCCAACACUUCAGAGAUGCCACCUCUGGCCUCCAUUGCCCAAAUCAUCUCCUCCGUGUCUGCUGCCCCAGUGCUGCUCAAAACAGGAAUAAACUCUGAGAAAAGCGAUGGCGCGAUGGGUGGUGAAACACUAAUUGAUAAAAAGUGUUCCAACGGUGUUGCUAGUCCUGGGUCUUCUUUCAGUUGUCCUUCCCUUGAUGCAUCAAAAAGAAGAGGCAAGAAGAGGCCGUUCAAGGACGAGAUCCGUGAUUCUACACAUGUAUCCAUCAGUGGGUUUGACUUGGAGUCUAGUGGAGAGUUACCAAGUGUGGAGAAAAUGCUGGCCACUACUGAUUCCAAUAAAUUUAGCUCCUUCUUACAGCUGAGGCAAAUGGAGCCAGAAAAGGAGAAACAAUCUGCGAGUGAGGAAGAGAAGGAAGGAAAGGAAGACAAAGAGAAGGUUCGACCACAAAGCAAAGGGAAGAAGAAUGCGUACUCGAACUCGGUGCAGAAGAUGAAAUGUCCAUACUGUCCUCGGGUGUUCCCUUGGACCAGCUCUUUACAGAGGCACAUGCUAACACAUACAGGCCAAAAGCCGUUCCCUUGUCCUGAGUGUGAUGCAUUCUUCUCCACGAAGUCCAACUGCGAGCGCCACCUUCUUCGUAAGCAUGGCAUGUCCAAUCGCAGCGCACUGCAGAAGACUGGGUCACACCCAAAAACCAAGGCCGACGAAGGGUCACAGGGAAGUACAGAGGGUGUUUCUGAUGCUGAGCCUGCUGUUGUGGUAGAUGCUGUUGAUCCCAAAAAAGAGGACAAAACCACAACAAAUGACAUGGACUUGAUAGAGCAGGCUAAAGACAUAGCCACAGAAUCACCAGAGUCAAGGAACGAUCUAGAAAGCUCACAAUCCGUUGAGAACGUUCACACGAACACGGACGACAGUGAGGACGAUGAUGACUCUCAGAGCAACAAGAGCCUUGAUAUGAACGUUGCCGGCAAACCAACAGAACUCAAACUCGCAGAAACGCAGCAAGAGCAGCCCAAGGCUGCAGAACCUGCAGUGGAACCAGAGGAUCCACCAUCAGAGGAAUUUCCUCACACAUGUAGUACCUGCAAAAAGACCUUCCGGCAUGCGGCCACCCUCAGCCGGCACCAGAAGAUUCAUUUGCAGGCCAGUCAGAAUGAAGAUGCAGGAAGGAAAGGAAGAAAUCAGCCUGCGGUAUCCAGUCAAUCUCUUGACACCAGCACCUCGCCAAUAAAGGAAGCUGAGCAGGACACGGGUGCGGCUGAGAAAGAGGAGAGCAGCAGCGUUGUGGAAAGUGGUGCCGAGGACGAGGAGAAGGAAGGACAGAAAGAGGAAAGAAACGAAGAGGAAGAGGGUGGUUCUUCAGAGCUCGAAUCACCAGGAGGUAGACCUGACAAGAGGAAGAAGAUCUGCAAUGUGUGCGGCAAACGUUUUUGGAGCCUACAAGACUUGACCAGACAUAUGCGUUCACAUACUGGAGAAAGACCUUAUCAGUGCCAAACAUGUGACCGGACCUUCACUCUGAAACACAGCCUGGUGAGGCAUCAGCGUAUACACCAGAAAACCCCAGACGACCGAGGAGCAGAUGAGGCUGAUGGAGCAAGAGACGAUAGUGCUAUGGAUGGGGAAGAUCUACGGUGUUCUUCUGGAAGUGACAGUGAGACUGCUCCUGCCGAGAACGAGACGUCCAAGACUGAGAACGGCAAAAAAGCAGAGGAAUCCCUAGAGAUGGUGGUUGAUCCUGGGGUCAAAGAAGAGGAAGCAGCCACGGCAGAAGCUUCCAGAGAAGUUCAAACGAACGAGCUUGAUGAAUUGUAUACUAAGGCCCCAGAACCCAAAGAUACAGCAGAUCCCAGUCUGAAGGAUGACUAUGGAGCUGCAGACAAGCCCGUUGUCUGAGACUUGUCGAUUCUGUUAAUCCUGUGCCAUACUUCCAUGAUCUUACACAAACACUAAAAGACGAUGCGAGACGAAUCGGACGUCUUCAUGCAGACGUUGUAAUGCAUGCAAAAUGCAAAACUGGAAACUUUCUCUCAAUGCCUUAAUGAUUCUUUCGUUCCCCCAGAGAUUUGGAUCCACUGCACAGUAUCAUUUUUAAUCAAAUGUAUAUGAUUGUGUGUUUUUUAAUUAAUUCUAUAAUCCUUAUAUCAGAAUAAAUUAGUGUUUUGUAUGAUAAAUCGAUGAUUUAUAUUAGCACCAUUAUAUGUAUUAUUCUUAAAUCAAUUCCACUUUGAUUUUAGUCUUCUAGAGGAGUGCCUGAGAGUGUAUCUCUCUGAACCUUUUUGUUCUGAAUAGGCUUCGUUAGGUUUUGGAGGUGUCAUUGGUUCACGCAGUGGCCUAGUAUACUUUUGGUUAUCAGUUUGCGUGAUCAUUGGUCAAUGUUUUUUGGCAAUAUUUGCCAGUUUUUGUACAUUUUUUUUUUCUUCUCUCAAUGAUAAACGAUGCUCUCCAGCCCUGCGGUGUGUUGAACAUAGAACGUAACUGGUGGUUGAGACAGCGCCCCCUGGUGGUUUGGGGUCUAAAGCCUGACAUUCAGACACUGCCUUUAGGCAAAAGCUUGUAUUAUGUACGCUUGGUUUAAAAAUUGGCAAGGAUGGAAGAGUUUCCAAAUAAGAAUACAAAUCCGUAUGAUCUGCUUUCAUCGUGUUCGAUGCACUUGAUGGAUCCAGUGGACGUUUUGGUCCACUUUCUAUUUCAGACUUGAGCACGAUUGAACUCGAGCCAGGGUUAUUACACACGAUGCAUCAGACAGAAGUGUGCUUCGCAGUACACAUUGCAUUUAAUCCCAAUGUGAAUCAGAGUCUAUUGUAUGUUUUAGCGCAGUGAUGUUUGUGCUGUGGGUUUUAUACUUGAAAUCGCCCUGCUGUUUGCCUCGACUUAUACAACUGUGCUGUUCACACUGCCUUCUACCUUUUCAUACUCGUCUCUUUAGUACCUCUGCAGUUAGCAAAUCUAACCUCGUAAACCUCUAAUUAGCUGAAUGAAGUUUAUCUUUAAGACUCAGAUGAUCAACAACGAAAUGCUGCAUUUCGGAGCCAAAAACUAUGCAACCGACAUGUGCUGAUAAUCGGUUUUACAACAUAUCGCAAAAUUGGUAUUUGGGCAGCACUUAAGAAUAGGAUUUCUAAUGCUGCCUGGGGAGGAAAAAAAAAAAAGCUUAAUUUCAUUUUCGACACAAUAUCCGCACAUGCCUUCCAAAUGAACAGUAACACAAUUCAAGAGUAUCGAUCAAGUCAGUCUUUAAACUUUAACCCUUCAAAGGCCAAACUGUUCACGUACAGUACAGGGUUGGAUUUGAAUUUGCGGAAAAACAAAUCAUUUUUCUACUAUGGUGUGUUUUGAGAAAUGUGUGCGCUUGCUUGUAGUGUAUAGUGUGUAUGCGCAGGUCUGUCAAAGAUAAGGAGAACACACUGAAUAUUUUAUGUAUUUAUUGAUAUGAGUGAUCGGAGCUAAGGUGGACUCCCGUUUGAACGCCGAGGAGAAUCGGAAACAAUGACUGUAGCGCUGAACAAUCUUGAAGUUCUUUAUAUUAUAUCACUUAUUUUAUGUCUAUGAUUAUGACGCCGUGAGCUAUUUGCCAUAGAUUGUUUUAUUAAUGUCUUUUUUUUUUGUUUGUUUUUGUUUGUCUGUUUGCUUGCAUUAAUUCAGUUAAAUUAAAUCAGCCCCCACAGAUACACACGUGCAUUAACGAAAUAUAUAAUUAUUAUUAUUAUUGAAGCCCGAGCUUGAAUUAGAAGUAGAGUAGUGAAUUAAAUUUUUUUUUUUUUUUUUGCAUGUCUAAUUAAAAUGGGUGGUUACUAAUUCUUCUUUUUCUCAGGGGCUUUUCAAGAUAUGCAUACUUAAAUCAUCUGUUUUGUGGGGGGGGAAAUCUCAUUUCUGCAGCGAGCUAGAGCGAUCACUACAGUUAAAGCAUAUGCAUAUGAAUGUGAAUUCACCUCAAUGUUCAUCAUCAUCAUCCUCGUCUUCAGUAAUUCUGCAUGUUUCACCGAUUUGUGUUGAUCACUGUAAAAACAAACGCAUUUGUUAAAGGGAUUGCACAAGUUUGUCUCAUGUUCGGUUUUAGAAAGGUUCUCUUGUUGAAUUUUUUUUUCCUUUUUUUUUUUUUUUUUUUUUUUCCUUUCUGUACAUGAGUACUCAAACCUAUUUGAAAUCAUUCAAGCAAUAAAUAUACACUAAGAAAGAGUGAGAAAUUAAACGGA